CAGCCCACCGGUUUAGUCCGCUCAGUGGUCGCAGGCGUUCAUCUCACAGGGAUCGGGUCAUGAUCAUACAGACAUGAUGAGUUCCAACGAAGAUGUUAUAAUGGCGAUUCCCCGAGAGCUCACACAAAACCCACUGCGGAAAAUAUGGAUGCCGUACAAGAAUGGACUACCGGAAAAACACAUAUCUCAAAAGAGAGUUUGCAUGACCAACUGUCCCACCCUCAUUGUGACUGUGGGUUUGCCUGCCAGAGGAAAAACAUACAUCUCUAAAAAACUCACACGCUACCUCAACUGGAUUGGUGUUCCAACACACGAAUUCAACGUGGGGCAAUAUCGGAGAGAAUGUACGAAAACUUAUAAGAGCUUUGAGUUCUUUCGCCCAGAUAAUGAAGAAGGUCUGAAGAUAAGAAGGCAGUGUGCUUUGACAGCACUUAAUGAUGUCAGGCAGUACCUCAGUGUUGAGGGUGGACAGGUUGCAGUGUUUGAUGCCACAAACACAACCAGAGAGAGGAGGAACACUAUUACGAGAUUUGCAGAACAAAAUGGCUAUAAGGUGUUUUUUGUGGAGUCCGUGUGUGAAGACCCCAAGGUUAUUGCUGAAAACAUUGUGCAGGUGAAGCUGGGGAGUCCAGACUAUAUUGACUGUAACACUGAAGAAGCCGUCCAGGACUUUAUGAAGAGGAUCAAAUGCUAUGAGAACAGUUACCAACCACUGGAUGAAAACUUGGACAGAGACUUGUCAUAUAUAAAAAUAAUGGAUGUGGGCAACCGCUAUUUAGUGAACCGCGUCAUUGACCACGUUCAAAGCAGAAUUGUUUAUUAUCUGAUGAACAUUCACAUCACACCACGCUCCAUCUACCUCUGUCGCCACGGAGAGAGUGAACUUAAUGUCAAAGGUCGCAUCGGAGGGGACUCGGGCCUAUCACCCUGUGGAAAAGAGUUUUCUGAGUGUCUGGGCAGGUUUAUUCAAGAUCAAAAUAUAAAGGAUCUCAAAGUUUGGACCAGUCAGAUGAAGAGAACCAUUCAGACGGCUGAGGCACUGGGUGUCCCCUAUGAACAAUGGAAAGCACUCAAUGAAAUUGAUGCUGGCGUGUGCGAGGAGAUGAUGUACGAGGAAAUCCAAGAUCAUUAUCCUUUGGAGUUCGCCCUGAGGGACCAGGACAAAUAUCGCUACCGUUAUCCUAAAGGAGAGUCCUAUGAGGACUUGGUGCAGAGAUUGGAGCCUGUCAUUAUGGAGCUGGAGCGACAGGAGAACGUUUUGGUUAUUUGUCACCAGGCUGUUAUGCGCUGUCUGCUUGCUUACUUCCUUGAUAAGAGUGCAGAUGAGCUGCCAUACCUGAAAUGUCCCCUGCACACGGUCCUGAAGCUUACCCCUGUGGCUUAUGGCUGUAAAGUGGAGUCAAUUUCUCUUAAUGUGGAGGCAGUAAACACUCACAGGGACAAACCUGAGAAUGUGGACAUCUCCCGUAUGCCUGAAGAAGCCCUCGUCACCGUGCCCCCCCACCACUGACCUCUGACAUCACAUCCUGUACAUAAGCAAUACUCCCGUCAUGCUGCUCCAUUCUUUCUGUCACUCCUCUUAUUGGUUUCUGUGUUCAGGAACAUCAAGCAGAAUAUCAGUUAUGAGUCUUAAAGAUGAGAUUUGUAUAGUGUCUCUCUAUUGCCAGAUAGGUAACUGGAAUCCAGUUAUUAUUGAUUACUAACCCUAAUGUUGGGGUGCGCGUGUGUGUUCAUGCAUGUAGGUUUGCACAAAGCAGACGUGAAAUGGAUACAAUUUUCUUUUUGUAUUUUUUUUACUAAGUUUCUUUCUUUUUUCUGGAAUCACUUUAUUUUCAGGGGAGGUUCUCAUCCAUUCAGUGAUUAUAGCAAGUGUUUAUCUUUUCCACGUUUUCAUUGCGCAUUGUUUCAUAUAUAAUGGCAAACUUUAACAUCUCAUUCACACAGGUGGUUGUUAAAGGUUUAGCUGACAUUUAACGCUAAUAGAAACCCAAUCGUCUUGCAUGUAAUGCAUAUAACUGGUAAAAAUGGCUGCAGUGUACUUUGACUUUACUAACUGAACAACCUAAAUAUUGCAUUUCAUGAAAAGCAUGUGAUGAAAGAGCAAAGUGGCUCCAAAAAAAAACAGAUUUAUAAAUUUAGAAUGACACAAGAAACGUAAAAAAAUAUUACCUCUAAUAUGUUUCCUGCAAAAGCCAAAUACUAUGUUUACAAUUUUGAAGCCUUGUUAAAAUAGCAAGCUUUUUUGCACACUAAGCAUACUUACGCAUACUUUCCUAAAUCAUUGUAUUUUUUUAAUUGAUUUGUUUAAAUAUACUUUUUUGUUUAUAGUCUACAAUAUUGUUUGGAGAAAAAAUGAGUGUUUCUUAUUUUUGUUAUUGUAAGCAAGGUAAUGUUUUUUUUUCUUUUUCGGGAAAUGUAUGGCACUUUGAGGAAAAAUACGGCUCUAUGAAUCAGAAUCUGUGAAUCAUUUCUAUAGGUCUUCCUUGUGAUUGGUAGAGCUACUCAAUCUCAUGGUUCUAAGGUACACGCACAAUGUAAAGAUUUCUGAAAGUAGCAUCAAUAAACCUGUUUAAAAUGCAA